AUGUUCGCAAGCAAGUCGAUUGUGUGCGCUGCGCUUGCACUCCUUGCGGUCACAACCGCCGCGCCGGGAGGAAACGACAUACAAAAAAUCACAAAAGCACCCAAUGUGCCCACAAAGUCGGAAGCGGUACCAAAAGCGAGUGCUCCCGGGCCACAGCCAGUAAAUGAGAGGUUCCCUCAUGCAGUGCUGUUCGGAGGCACCUGCGGUGGUACCAUCAUCAGCCCAACAUGGAUCCUCACUGCUGGUCAUUGUACUUUGUUCACUGGUGGACGCUACAUCCUGGCUGGUACGAACAACACGGAGAAUGACAGUGGUGUCAGUCGUCGUGUGAAGAGACAGGUCAUCCACCCACUGUUCACUGUGGGACCAUACUGGCUCGAUGCUGAUGACUUCAACCUCAAACAGGUGGCUGCCCGGUGGGACUUCUUGCUGGCCGAGUUGAACGAGCCCCUGCCCCUGGACGGAAAGACAAUGGCCGCAGCUCCUUUGAACGACCAGUCCAACUUACCUGUUGGACUCAACGUGGGAUACGCCGGCUACGGUACCGACCACUUCGGUGGUACCAUGCGCAGUGACAUGCACGGAAUGGAGUUGGCCGUACAAAGUGACGACGUGUGCUCCACUCUGGAACAGUACAACAGCAAGGACAUGCUGUGUGUCAAGGGACGCCCACCGCGGUACGACUCCGCUUGCAACGGUGAUAGCGGCAGCGGCUUGGUUGAUGAAACUGGCAAACUCAUCGGUGUCGCCUCUUGGGUGGAGAAUGAUGCCCACGAAUGCAAAAAUGGAGCCCUAGUCGUGUUCUCCAGGGUGUCCAGCGUACGUGAAUGGAUCAGACAAGUUACAAACGUCUAA